CGACGCUACGGAGCAAUGUAGUAUUGCAAGCAUUUCGAACGAAAGUACGACAUAUUAUAGCGUGCGUGUCACAAAGAAAAUCAACGCGAAAGUACGAGAACGCGAACGGUAGUGACGACAAUUUUGAAAUUCGUGCGCGUCGCAAAGUCGGAAUCACCGAAAAGUCAAGCCAUUAACAAGCGCGCCGUUGAGGACUCGAAGCGAGGGCAGCGGAAGGAAGCCUGAUGGCUUUCAGAACAUUUGUGACUUUGACAACCUGUGCGUUACGAUCACGGCAUGCUUACACAACCGGCACGUUACUCUGGAUUCAUCUUCUUCCCUCCCUCUUUCUCUCUCUCGCGCGCUUUCUACUUCAACAUACAUUCAAACACACAGUCGGCGAAAACUUUCCUGGCGGGAUUUGGGAAGCGAGGCGAAAACGCGAGCUUUCCUACCAAGGAAAUACGGCUCCGAGGGGGGUUCCCAGGGCAACGCCACCGGCAGCCAGUCGGCAUCUCCCGGAGGAUAUCAGACGAAAGGCGAAAGAGAUGAAGACGAAAUGACGACGGGUGAAAGGACGAA